AUGACUGGAAUAGUCACUCCAGACAACGUUGUCCAGUUCCGAGCGGUACCUUACGCGACCAUUCCAUCGCGAUUCCAGCAGUCCGUCCUUCUCAACGACCUCUUCAGUACAUCCAGAGACUUCACCAAACCAGGCUUCGCAUGUCCGCACACUUUGGCCACAGACGCCGUCGGUGGUGGACCCUUCCCCAACGAACCGGCUUCCUCGGACUUCCCAACCUCUGAAUUCGGAUGCCUAAUCCUACAGAUCAACGUCCCAUUAUCAUAUCUAGAAGGAGAUUCAGCAAAGUUUCCUUCCCUCCCAGUAGUAGUUUAUAUCCACGGCGGAGGCUUUGUACUCGGCAAAAUCGACCAACAGCACAACACUGCUUACAUCGUGGAGCAGUCCAUAAAUGACGAUCAACCUAUAAUUGCAGUCAACCUCCAGUACCGGCUCGGGGCGCUAGGUUACUUGGCUACACCUGGUGGUGCGAACUUAGCGUUGUAUGAUCAACGGAAUGCCCUUCUUUGGAUUCAGAAAUUCAUGGUGGGCUUUGGAGGCGACCCAUCCCGAGUGACAGUUUUCGGCGAAUCUGCAGGCAGUAUGUCGAUAUGCUACCAAAUGCUUUGUUCUCCACCUACCUCCGGCCCGCUGUUCAGUCGUGCAAUUUUAAUGUCCGGUAUCAUCGGGCCAAUGACUGCGCCAAUGCCUCUGCGUGAAGCUGAGAAGUUGUAUGAGAAGUUUUUGGACGCAUUGGAGAUUCAGGAACGAGGGGAGCUGGCUUAUCAGAAAAUGAAAACGCUAGAUGUGCAGCACAUUGUGGAUGUGAGCAGCAAACUAUCAGCAGAGGGAGUGAUGUGGAUCCCUGUUCAGAGCGAGGAGUGGUUUGGGAAGGAUAAGGGGGUUGUAACAUGGGAUAGGAUUCCAGAACUCCUUGGGGAGUGCAACUGGGUCGAUGAAGUGGUCCUUGGAACUACUGGCUUUGAAGGCACUACGUUCAUAUCCGCCCUCCAGUCUCUGACUCCAUCAAACUUCACGACCGCAAUAGCAGAGCAACUUGGCGAUGAAAACGCAUCUUCGCUCUUACAAGCAGUGUGUCCAACCGUUAGUACACCUAAUAGUACAGUACUGCAGUACACUGAUUUUGGUCACGUACGUACGUACAGGGCAUCUACUCAGUAUACUGUACUAUACGUGAGGCUGCUGUACUAA